GAAGGGGGAUGAGCCCCCUUCUGUUUAGGGAAUUCGAAGGGGGGAGGUAGUCCCCCUGAUCACCAAGAAAAUUUUGGACUUGUGAGAGGCUAAAAAUGACCUCAGGUUGAUUAUAAGGUAAUGUGUAACCAACGCUGAAAAGCCUUUUACUCUAUCUCAAUUCAUUGAGAAGUUGCAGCACUUUGAAAUCAAUUUUGAUGGAAAAAAUCAAGGCAAAAUAGUGAUUUUCUGGCAAUUUUGAGAUGACCCCUCAUUGCCAUGGUAACAGAAAAUUUAAGACUUAGCAUGUCGUUACAAAGGCAGUGCAUGGUCCAGUCAACAUUUGUGCCAAGUUUGAAUAGUAUUGAAGCAUUUUUCAUAGUUUCAUAGCAGUUUGAACUUGUAACAGGAGGCUAUUCAAUGAAAACGGCCAUUUUUCACAAUAUGCUCAUGAGGGAAAGGGUUAAAAUAUAUGCAAUAUUCUUUAAGAACAAAGUUGUAUUGUAAUAAUUUAUUUCAUUAUCUUAUAAAUAUAACUGUACAUAAUUUAGUCUUAUAGUUCUUUGUAUUGAGGACUGCAGUAUUUUGAAGGGACACAAUUCAAUUUCCUUCAAUAACAAAAAGAAGAUAAAGUGGGUUGUUUCCCUUUAUAUAUCCAUUCACCAAACAAGGAAGUAAAAAUAGUAAAAUUUCCAACUACCUCACGGAACAGAAAGAAAUAUAUUGUUUUUAUUGAUUUCAUGUCAUAUUCUUGAACCAGACUUUCAAAAUGUUUCCAGCACCUCCCUACAGGGAACAUCUAUCACUGAUGUUAUCAGAGGUUUUAGACGAUAUUGGUGUCAAUGAAAGAAUGGUGAAUAAAAGAAGAAGAGUACAUCAUCUGAGAGAAAAUAUGGGUAAAAUUGCACUUAGGUUAAUUGAUAAAGAUUUAGUUGAAAUCCAUUAUAUAGGGAGUGUAGUUGAAGGAACAACUACUUUAGGACUUCAUUCAGACAAUGAUAUACUAUACUGUGUUCAUGACAUAAAUGUAAUACAAGACCAUUCAGAGUGGGAACUUGGCAAGAUAAACUACCUAAUGAUACAAGAUGAAAACACAACGCCUGGCUACUGUUUUCUACAGUUGUUCCAAUCUGAUAAACCUAUUCCUGCUACUGAGAUUCCUGAUAAACACUUUAUUACUGAUAGAAAAGGAAGAAUACUGUAUAAAAACACAUUAAUAAAAGAUAUGCUUGAGGAUGCUGACCAUCUCGAUGGACCAUCAAUUGCUACAAAAGGACAAUAUGGAGACUUGGAUAGAGACAGGGUGUUUGCUUACCCUUGUAAAUCAUGGCCUCAAUUAGCAUCAAGUUGGUUAGAGAGGCAGGGAAAAGGAGGAUGGCCAUCAGAAAAGUUGAGAAGAAAUGCUGCCAGUACUUGUUGUUCUGUUGUAGCGACUGGAAGUAAGGUCAGUAAAUAUCCUGAACUAGAAUGGAGAAUAUCUACUACACUGGCAGAGAGAUGUCUUAUGCUUCAUCUAAAUAUGACACAAUUAAGGUGCAAUGUUUUAAUGAAGAUGAUUCUUAAAUCUUUUUUGAAUCCUCAAAAGGAAAAGUACAUGUCUAGCUAUAUAUGUAAAACAGUUCUAUUACAUUGUAUUGAAAACACAGAACUAAGUAUAUGGAAAGAAAACAAUUUAUUAACAUGUUUAAUAUAUUGCUUAAAGGAAUUACACAGUUGUGUACAAAAUGACUGCUGUUUACAUUUUAUAAUAUCAGAAAACAAUUUGAUGGCAGGACAUUUUACGCCUGAGAUAAAACAAGUACUUUUAAAAAAUAUAAGUGAUUUUAUACAGAGUGAUAUACAAUGCUUAUUUAGAAUUGAUAUUGAUGACCUUGGAUGUAGGUUACAAGUUAAACUGAAUAAAGUACCAAAAAGAGCAUACAAUUUUCUGUCAUCUCUUGAAAUACAUGAACGUCUUUCACUUAAUGAUUGUGGUACCUUGGCACUGCAUAUAAGUGCAUGGCAUGACACAUUCUUAAAACAUUUACAAAAUAAAGAUAUAAAAACAUUGCAGCAAGUUGCUGAAAAUUUUUUGACCUUAAGUAUGUUUGGUACAGAAAUAACACUAGAUUCAUGCAAGCUUCUAGCACCUUUUCUGUUCACCACAUAUGGAUCUGCCAUGGCAUCAUCAUAUAUUGGUGGAAAUAAACUCUUGUCUCAAAAAGCAAUGGCUUGGCUAUCAUUUGGUUUAAACUCAGAUGUUUCAUCUAGCAGACUUAAAAUGGCCUCACUAUUCUACAGUGUAGGAGAUAUGGAGGAAGCUGAACAAAUUCUGAGACAAGUUGAACAACAAUAUCACUCUAAUCCACUUUUAACAGUUUGUGACUGUUGGCUUAAACCCAAACCAGCGGCAACAACAGAAUUUGCAAGGGCAUGCUAUGAACAAGGUGAGAACUGUACUAUCAAACAGAUGAUGUCAUUUUGUGUCAAAUUCAUACAGAAAGAGAUCAACUGUGUUCCUCAUGAACUACAAUAUGAAAUGUUCAGAUCUACACAAGAUGACAUGAUACACAGAGAUCCAAAUUAUGACCUAUGGAUGGACUGGGCUGUAAUUGAUUCCUUACCUUUCUUAUACUUCCUACAAUAUAAGAUCUAUGGUCGUCUACAAAGACAACAAGAGCAACAACAAGCACUCAAUAAUCUUAUAGAAACCACAGUAACAGAUAAAAUUCUAGGACAUAGAGAAACAGUUCUAAAUAUAUUAGGACAAUGUAUGGAACAAGAAAACAGACCCCAACUAGCAUUAGAAAGCUACCUGCUUUCUCUUCAACAAAGAAGAAGAAACAAUGUGGCAAUCAUUCAUAUUUGUAGACUUCUCUCAGGCAUACUGGUUAACCAACAAAAUGGGAGCGGACAAGACACACAAGUAGAUUGAGUUAGAAAUGAUCAUAUACUUAUUGCCUGACUCAAAUUGAUUGAAAUUUCAAAGUACUGCCUUUCAUUCAAUAUAUUAUUUUAACUUGACACUGUCUGAUACAGUCAAUUUAAAGUCCGAAAAGAAAAAUUGUCAACCAGUACAUAAGUGAUCCUUAUAAAAAUGAUUAGACAGCAAUAUCACCUUAGAUAGUUACGGAUAAUAUUACUUGUGGCGGCAGAAAAAAUUUAUCUGACCAAAUAAAAAGGAUGUGUAAAUAUUGCAGCACUUAGCCGGAAGCAUUUAAGAACUGAUAAACAUAACUUAUAAUUACUGAAAUGCAAGAAAACAAGUAUGGUCAACUAUUUAUAUAUCAACAUUGAUUUUCUCUAUUUUUGUUUAUCUUGACUGUUCUAUUAAAAAAAAUUCAGUAUCUUGAAGUGAAAUGUUAAAUGGUUGUUAACAAAUCCAGUCUAAAUGCAUAAGUGAUACAAAAAUUAAUUCAUAUACUUUUACACAGCACUAUGAACUUGUUAAUUGUAUUACUGUGUCUUAUGUGAAAUGAAUAAAUGUUGUAUAUAUAAUUAAAAGUAAAAAAAAACCCAUCAGUUUAUGUUUAUUAUACAUAUUGACAAGACAGUCUCAUUUCCCCAGAGUAAAUAUCCAUCUCAUAUAAAUAAUAAAUAGAAGAUAUUACAGUUUCUUCUUUAAAUUCAGGGUUUAUUUUCAUCGAGUGGUAUGAAAAUAAAUAUUUCACGAGUGGCAGUAGCAGAUACUUUUCAUACCACAAACUUUAACAUAAGUGGUUAUGCGCAUGCCACCACAGAUGGCCACCCUUGGGUGACUAGGAUAGCUCUAAUUAUUCUUAUCGAAUAGUCCAGCUUAAAACAAUAGUGGUCAUCUACAAAUGACAAUCAACCUCCUCACAAAAUUUGAGGUAUGUUAGGCUAAAAUACUUGACUUAUAUUGAUGAGACCAGCUUACUGUUGUCAAGGUCAACAUAGUCGCCUCUACAGGUAUAACAUUGUC